AUGACGGCCUCUUCAGAUCAUCUGGAACCCUCAACACCAGUGUCUGCGAGCUCAACUCGAACCAAUUCGCCAAUGUCGUCCGAGAAAGUGCAAGAUGGCAAGGCACCAGACGACGUUAGCAAGUUAAAGACCUUCCUGUCCAUUCUUAAACGCUUCAUCGGUGUCACAGAUAUGGCCGCAGUGCGGUUCAGUCUGCCGGCGCAACUGAUGGAACCCAUACCAAACCUGGAGUACUGGCAUUACCUCGACCGGCCCGAGACGUUCGUGACGAUAGGAGAUAGCGAUGAGCCAUUGGAACGAAUGCUAGCAGCGUUGCGGUUCUGGUUCACGAAAGAUCUGAAGUACGUGCAUGGCAAGCCGUGUAAGCCAUACAACAGCACGUUAGGCGAGUUCUUCCGCUGUUUAUGGGAGGUGGAGGACUCGGCACCUGUACCAACUGGCGCGGGAUCAAGCACACAUCAGACCAUUGGGACCUCAAAAGGCCAGUCGGUGAAAGUCAGCUACCUGACCGAGCAGACGUCGCAUCACCCACCUGUGUCCGCCUUCUAUGUGGAAUGUCCGGAUAAGGGCAUCUCUGCCUGCGGAUACGACCAGCUGAGCGCCAAGUUCACCGGCACGAGCAUCAAAGUCACACCCGGCCAAUGCAAUAAAGGCAUCUUCCUCACGGUACAUCGACGGGGUGGUGAAGAGUACGUAAUGACACAUCCUGCCGCCUACCUCGUCGGCCUUCUGCGCGGUAACUUGCAUGUCACGGUCUCGGAUACUUGCUUUGUCACUUGCGAGAAGACAGGAAUCAAGGUGCUCCUGCACUACCUAGAGGAAGGUUACUUUGGCAAGACGCAAAACAAGCUCGAGGGUGUAAUAUACAAAUGCGAUGUUUCCCGAGACAACACUACCAGGAUCAAAGACGUGCCGGACAAAGACGUACUCGGCAGGCUCGACGGCACAUGGACAGAUAAGAUCUACUACUCCGCUGGCUCAACCGACUUCAAGAAAGUCCCCGAGUCUGACCGCAUCCUCCUUGUCGAUGUGAACCCACUUCGUCCCGUCCCCAAAGUCUGUCCGCCACCAGACGAGCAACUACCGAACGAGAGCAGGCGCUUCUGGAACGAUGUUACGGAGAGCAUCAUGGCGAAGCAAUAUAAUGCCGCGACGAACCGGAAGCAGGAGCUUGAGGAGCGGCAGCGGGAACGAGCGGCGGAGAGGAAGGCACAACAUAAGGAGUGGAGGCCGAGGUUCUUCACCCAUGCGACCGAGGACAAUGGCAGACCGGAGUUGACUGAGGAAGGGAGGAUGGCGAUGCAGGGGUUGCAUGAUGGGAGGUGGCAUCUCGAUCCACCGGAGGAGUAUGGUGCGCUGUGA